AUGGACGACUUCUCCACCCCCGGCCAGCCCAACGUCUACGGCAUCUCGCCCAGCCCAGCCAACUUCAUACGCCCCGGCAAGCGGCCGUUCAGCUCCAUGAGCCCGCUGAUUGCGGAGCGCGGCGGCCAGCUGGUGCUGGCCAUCGGCGCCAGCGGCGGCCCGCGCAUCAUCUCCGCCGUACUGCAGGCCGCCGUCAGGCUGCUGGCGUACGGCGAGGGCCUGUUUGCGGCGGUGGCCAACCCGCGGCUGCACCACCAGCUGGCGCCCGACUCGCUGUAUGUGGAGGACUGGAACGCCACAGGCGUGGCCUUCCACUACGACUCCGGCAUGGCGCAGCUGCUCAAGGCGCGGGGGCACCGCAUCGCGGCCACCAAGUGGGGCGCCAUCACGCAGGCGGUGUACCGCGAUGCAGACAGCGACACGCUGCACGCCGUCAGCGACCCUCGCAAGGACGGCGCGCCGGCAGCUGCGUAG